CAAUUCUCGGCUAAAUAAAUAACUGAAAAAGGGUGAAAGGUGUGUGUGUCACACCCCUUCAGCUUCCUUAAUAAAAAUUUAGUUUUGUUUAUUGCCAUUUGAGUUGAUCAAGCUAAGAAGAAGAAUGGCAGAAGAAGGGGCUGCAGCUGCACCACCACCACCAAAACAACAACAGCCUCAGCCACCUCCCGUCAAAGAUCAACUCCCCAAUGUUUCUUACUGCUGCAAUAGUCCUCCACCAUGGCCGGAGGCUAUACUACUUGGUUUCCAACAUUACGUGGUGAUGCUUGGCACAACUGUUCUAAUACCUGCCUCUCUAGUUCCUCAAAUGGGAGGAGGAAAUGAAGAGAAAGCAAGAAUGAUUCAGACUCUCUUGUUUGUGGCUGGCAUAAACACUUAUAUCCAAACUCUAUUUGGGACUCGUCUCCCUGCAGUUAUAGGAGGAUCCUAUACCUUUGUGCCAACCACCAUUUCAAUCGUUCUGGCUACUCGCUACGACGCCAUUGCCGAUCCUAAGGAGAAAUUCGAGAGGAUAAUGCGCGGAACGCAGGGCGCUCUUAUUGUUGCUUCUACUCUCCAAAUUAUUGUUGGCUUCAGUGGACUUUGGCGCAACGUAGUGAGGUUUCUAAGCCCUCUCUCAGCUGUUCCUUUGGUUGCUCUCUCAGGCUUUGGACUUUAUGAGUUGGGUUUCCCUGAGGUUACAAAAUGUGUGGAGAUUGGACUGCCAGCAAUUCUCUUCCUACUAAUAUUUUCACAGUACAUUCCUCAUGUGAUAAAAGGAGAAAGGUGUAUUGUUGAUCGCUUUGCAGUUGUAUUCACGGUUGCAGUUGUGUGGGUUUAUGCUCUUAUUCUAACUGUCAGUGGAGCUUACAGAAAGGUAGCACUCACAACAAAAAAUUCUUGCAGAACUGAUCAUGCUGGAAUUAUAAGUGGUGCUCCUUGGAUUAGAGUCCCAUAUCCUUUUCAAUGGGGAGCUCCUACAUUUAAUGCUGGAGAAGCUUUUGCUAUGAUGGCUGCUUCACUUGUUGCCCUAGUAGAGUCAACAGGUGCUUUCAUUGCUGUUUCAAGGUAUGCAAGUGCAACUCCUAUCCCGCCGGCAGUUCUUAGCCGCGGUGUUGGCUGGCAGGGAGUGGGAAUUCUGUUAUCUGGGAUCUUUGGGACAGGGAAUGGAUCAUCAGUUUCCAUAGAGAACACUGGACUGUUAGCUUUGACUCGAGACGGUAGCCGAAGGGCUGUUCAGAUAUCAUCUGGAUACAUGAUCUUUUUCUCCAUAUUUGGAAAAUUUGGAGCUGUGUUUGCUUCAAUCCCAGCACCAAUAUUUCCUUCCUUAUAUUGCCUUUUCUUUGCUUAUGUUGGUUCUGCUGGCCUCAGCUUCCUUCAGUUUUGUAAUCUAAACAGUUUUAGAACCAAAUUCAUCUUGGGGUUCUCUAUUUUCAUGGGAUUCUCCGUACCACAAUACUUCCAUGAGUACACAGCAUUUAAGCUCCAUGGUCCUGUACACACUCAUGCUAGAUGGUUCAAUGACAUGAUCAAUGUGUCAAUGUCAUCAAAAGCAUUUGUUGGUGGUUCAUUGGCGCUGUUGUUAGAUGCCACGUUGCGCAAGAAAGACGGCCAAACCCGCAAAGACAGUGGCAUGCAGUGGUGGGACAGGUUCAUUUCAUUCCAGAAAGAUGCAAGGAGUGCUGCGUUUUACUCUCUGCCCUUCAAUCUGGACAAGUUUUUCCCUUCUAUGUGAUUUUUGGGCCAUCUUCUUACAACUUGUUACAAGACAUGAAUAUACACCCUCACAUUUGCCUUCUAACUUGGAUUCCAUUGUCAGUUUCUUCAUUUAACUACAAAUCAGUCAGCAAAAUGUAUACAUAAUUCACUUGGCACCUUUCAAAAGCUAAUAGCUAAUUCUCUUACGAAACUUUUGACAUUGGACCGUGUUAGCUCAAGAAACUUUGAUCUAAUGGUAAUAGAAUGAAAUC